CUCACGCCUCUUGGGGAGGGCUAAUCCUUGGGUCUAGGCAGGCAUCCUGGUGGUCUCCUGCGGGCUUCCAAUCCCUCAGCGGCCGCGGUGGGGGUUGGGGCAGCAAAGAGCGCAGGCGCAGUGCCCGCGUCUGGCGCCCCUCUCCUGGCUGGUCGCCCCUGGCUGUCCAGGCUGCAGUGGUCCUCGCCGAGCGCGCGGCGGCCUCAGCUGGCUAGGGAGGCCAGACCGAGAUCGCCGCCCCGGCUGAGUCCGCUAGAGUCCCGGGCGCAUUCGCCUUGCAGCGACUCACAGAAUUUGUUAUCUGAAGAAAUGGAUACUUCUCCAUCCAAAAAAUAUCCAGUUAAAAAACGGGUGAAAAUACAUCCCAACACAGUCAUGGUGAAAUAUACCUCUCAUUAUCCCCAACCUGGGGACGACAGGUAUGAGGAAAUCAAUGAAGACUAUGGCAAAUUUAUGGAAGAAAAUCCAAAGAAAAGUCUGCUGAGUGAAAUGAAGAGAAAAGGAAGAACUUUGUUUGGAACCAUGGACACUCAGCCUCCACUAACAGAAGACUCAAGAGCCAGUGGGAUGACACAAUUCCAGAGCUUUGCAGAAAAAAACAUUUUUCAGUCCCGAAAAAUGUGGAUAGUGCUGUUUGGAUCUGCCUUGGCUCAUGGCUGCGUGGCUCUCAUCACUAGGCUCGUUUCUGAUCGUUCUAAAGUUCCAUCUCUAGAACUGAUUUUUAUCCGUUCUGUCUUGCAGGUCUUAUCGGUGUUAGUUGUGUGUUAUUACCAGGAAGCUCCUUUUGGACCCAGCGGAUACAGAUUACGACUUUUCUUUUAUGGUGUAUGCAAUGUUAUUUCUAUCACCUGUGCUUAUACCUCCUUCUCAAUAGUUCCUCCCAGCAAUGGGACCACGAUGUGGAGAGCCACAACCACAGUUUUCAGUGCCAUCUUAGCAUUUUUACUUGUAGAUGAGAAAAUGGCUUACGUUGACAUGGCUACAGUGGUCUGCAGUAUCUUAGGCGUUUGUCUUGUCAUGAUUCCCAAUAUCGUUGAUGAAGACAGCUCUUUGUUAAAUGCCUGGAAAGAAGCCUUUGGGUACACUAUGACUGUGAUGGCCGGACUGACCACCGCUCUUUCUAUGAUCGUGUACCGAUCCAUCAAGGAGAAGAUCAGCAUGUGGACUGCACUGUUUACCUUUGGCUGGACUGGAACAGUCUGGGGAAUUUCUACUAUGUUUGUUCUUCAAGAACCGAUUAUCCCUUUAGAUGGAGAAACAUGGAGCUAUCUUAUUGCUAUAUGCAUCUGUUCUACUGUAGCAUUCUUAGGAGUUUAUUAUGCCUUAGACAAAUUCCACCCAGCUUUGGUCAGCACAGUACAGCAUCUGGAGAUUGUGGUAGCUAUGGUCUUACAGCUUCUAGUGUUACACAUAUUUCCUAGUGUUUACGAUGUUUUUGGAGGGGUGAUCAUUAUGAUUAGUGUAUUUGUCCUUGCUGGCUAUAAACUGUAUUGGAGGAAUGUAAGGAGGGAAGAUUAUCAGGAAAUACUGGACUCUCCCAUUAAAUGAAUACCAGGUUAUUAUUAUCUUGUUGAUGUCUAGUUACUAACAUGUACAUUGCCAUUUUAAUUAUUUACUUGUAGAUGUCUUUUGUGUUAUAUAAUUGAUAGAGUGCUAUAUUGAUAGAGUGCUAUAUCGUAUAAAUAAUUAUGCAGAUGCAGAAAAAUAUUCCAGACUAAUAUAUUAAAGCAUAAAUAUUAAAUAGAUAAAAUA